GAAACCAAAUCCUCGUGGGGACGGCCAUGUAUUUCCAAACCCAGUGGACCCUCACUCUUACAUGGCAAUGCUUGUUUACAAGAAUGGCGCAUUUGUUCGUGAAGAUAUUCGCGACAAGUGCGCGGGAUGUUCUUGGGAAUCGUUCAGCCAGAAGCUGGACCAAACACCACCGCUGAAUGGUAAGAAGGAGAUUGAGGAGAACAACAUAGUCCGGGCUUUGGUUGAAGGCCAGUUCCUGGCAAUGAGAGCGCAUUCUGAGGGCAUCGGGAUGCCCAGUCCUCCUCGGCGGAUAAUUGCAACAGGAGGGGGCUCUGCAAACAGUCGGCUCCUCUCCAUUCUGGCAUCGAUAUUUGGGUGCGAUGUUUUCACUGCCCCGAGGCCCGAUUCGGCAUCCUUAGGAGCUGCUCUGCGUGCGGCGCAUGGUUGGUUAUGCAAGGAGCAAGAGGUGCUGCCCUUUGUGUCGGCGGCAGAAGAGGAGGCGGACGGAAAAGCCCCCGAGCAAGGCGCCAACAACUUCUUGCCCUUCUCUGUGCUCAUAAAGCAUGCUGCGCCUGAUAGUGCAAUCGGACUCCAACUUGCGGCAACGGCCGGCGGACAAGAGAUGCACGAAAGUUACGGGAGACUCAUGCGUGUAAGGCAGAGCUUGGAGGCGAAGAUCAUCUGCGAGGCCGGACGGAGAGCCUAAAGGGCGUACUCACACUAGGACCUUUUUACCUGUUUUUGGAUGUACUUGCGGUUAGAUGCAUCCAGGUCCGGCCGUACAUGCAGGUCAGCUACACUUAAGGUAGUGCUAGUCUGAGUAAGCCCUAAGGCACAAUGGUAUCAGCGGCGAUUCUGCACGAUUCCGCACACUCCUCCUCGAUUCCGCACACUUUUCAAGUCAAUGAGCAUUAUUGCAAUCUUCUCCGUAAAUCAAUGACCCAUUUCAUU